AUGGCUGUGGCGGACCAGCCUGCGGGCUUGAUGGACAUCGCAAGCUCCCUCUCUCAGGAUGAAAUUCCAUUCAAGCUGAGAUGCGCUAUCUGCAAUAAACUUGCCGUUAACGCGUUCCGCUUGCCCUGCUGCGAUCAGGCCAUAUGUGAAAACUGCCAGAUAUCGCUGCCCGAGACUUGCCCCGUGUGCGCACAUACUCCCAUUUCCUCCGACCUAUGCAAGCCAAACAAAGCUUUACGAACGACCCUCAAAGCCUUCCUUCGCACGGAAGAAAAGAAACGCGAAAAGGAGCGGCAAUCUGCUACGCCUGCUAUCUCGAAUGGAGUGACGCCUGCAGAUGUGACUCCGGCUCAGUCGGAGACACCAGCUGUGUCUGAAAACCCUGCAAGCAUCACGGUAGCAGAGAUACCAGAAGGCCACUAUCACCGUAGUGAUGUCGCAGGGGAGGAAUCAUCUACUGCUGUUAUCGGUGCAGAGCCGUCGGACACCGCUACUGAGAAUGUGGCAGAUAUAAAUCAAGCAGCAGUACCCAAGGCAUCUGUUGAAAACGAGCAAGCUGCAAAUGGCCCGGUCGAGGCAGGUCAGGCAGAUGAGGCUACAGACGAAAACAAACGUGCCGAAGUAGGUGCGACGGAGGAGCCUCAGCUCCCUCAACCGACGGACGAAGGGAUGCCUCAGGCCCAAGGCCCGACGCCGAUGUUCCCCGGUGCCAUGGGAUUCAACAUGGGACCCGGCGCCUUCCCAAAUAUGGCGUGGAACAACGCCAGCGGCGAUUUCAAUCCAAUGGCCCAGUUCAUGGCUAACGGAAUGUUCAACUUUCCCAAUCCAAUGGCAAUGUCUGGUAUGGGAAUGGACCCAAUGGCCGCGAAUCAGGGAAUGCUUGGAGGCUACGGGGUGAGCAUGAAUGGCAUGAACAGUGGCAUGAAUAUGGGAAUGAAUUUCGACGCUGGUCAAGGGAUGUAUGGGGGAUGGGACGGCUCUCAGAACAAUAUGUGGAAUGGAGGCCAAGAUAAAUUCAAUCCAAAUGCUUUCGCAAAUGGUAUGGGCCCGCAGUAUGGGGGUCCUUCUGGAUUUGGCGGAUAUAAUAUGUCUCAACCCAACGGAGUUCAUGCUCAAAUGCAGCAACAACAGUUCCCUAGCCAAGAUUUUCAGAACGGGUACUAUGGUCCCGGUUAUGGCAGAGGCAAUUUCCGAGGCCGCGGCCGUGGGUUUGUUCCUGGCGGUCGUGGUCGUGGCGGCUUUGCUGGGCAUAUGCAGGCUAAUUACCCCCCUAAUGCUAACUACGCAGCGUUCCAAACCCCUAAAUCUUCUGACUUUGAUCAAGACACGACACGCCAGUCGCAGGAAGGUGGGCCAGCUGGAAUAUCGCAGGACGAUCCCAGCGCCACGGAAAGACGGGCCGACGGCACACAGAUUGCAACCGGCGAUGGACAAGCGAACCCUGACCAGGAGCCGUCAAAGGAGGCAGCUUCUUCUCAGGAAGCUUCUGGGGAUACUGCAGCAGAGGCUAUAUCUGCAGAUAGACCCGCUGCCGAUGAAAAUACUGGGCAAGAAGAAACCCAAUUGCGAGGGAUCCCUACUAUCGACAGUCUUGACCAGCCCAACCAUUAUCAAAUGAUGCCCAGUGCUUCGAUGGGCAUGCCUGGCCACAUGGGAAUGGGCUUUGGACGAGGCUAUAUGCGCGGACAAUUCUCAGGAGGUCGCGGGGGUGGGUUCGGGGGCGCUCCUUUUAUGGGUGCGCCAAACAUGCAGCAGGAACCGCGGGGCCAGGGAGUCGAAGGAGCCCCCGCCGCUCCCAGGGCGAUGCGUGAGGGUCUCCCCAACACCAGUGUUCUGAGACAACGGAACUAUUUUGCUCAGGGACGACCUUCAGGUGCGUCACUAAGAAGCGAACAGAGUGCAACCCCAACCACGCCCCGCGAAGACGCACGGACCCGGACCAGGUCGAAAUCGAGAUCAAGGUCAAGAUCAAGAUCUAGAGCCAGGUCUUCCUCUAGACCGAAGAGUCGAUCCCGAUCUCCCGGUCCCUCCGAGGUGGAUGGCCGUCGCUUCGUCCGUCAGCGCUCACCAACGGUGGAUAAGGACGCCGACGAUCGCGGACGUAGACGUGAUGCGCCCAGAAGACCCCGUCGAGAAGACAAGUACGACGAGCCAUCCGCAGCUGAGGAUGACCGCCGCUCUCGUUCUCCGUCUAUUGAUUCUAAACGAUCGUCUCACCGUCGGGACAAGGAACGGGAGGGCAGAAAUGCACGUCGGUCCCAUCGAUCCCAUCGCCGCAGUCGCAGCCGAAGCCGGAGUCACAGCCGCAACGGAGAUUCGCAUGACGUCGAUCGUCUUCAGCGCAUUCUAGAGGAGCCCACCUCCCGCUCGGAGAGCAGAGCGUCCGUCUCGCGGAAGGACCGCUCAAGUCGCCGCGAAGAAGAACGUGACCGAGACAGGGACCGAGACAGAGACAGAGACGCCAAACGGCGGGAUCGUGACCGUGAUCGUGAUCGCGAUCGUGACAGAGAAAGAGAAAGAGAGCGUAACCGCGACCGGGACCGCGAUCGAUACCGUGAACGCGCAAAAGACCGCGAUCGCCACCGGGACCGAGACCGCGAGCGAGACAGGGAUCGGAAACGCUCUCGCCGCGACCGAACCCAGUCCCCCGCUGACAGUGACUAUUCCUCUCGCCACCAUUCCCGACGCAUCAAGCGUGACCGCGAGGACGGCGGCGACAGGGACAAAGACAGCGCCAGAGACAAAGCACCAGCCAAGACCUCCGAGCCCGAGAAGGAUCCGCAUACGCUGGAGCGUGAGGCCCGCAAUCGCGAACGAAUGCUCAAGGAACAGCAGCGGCGGGAAGCAAUGAAUGCAGAGAGCAAAUCCAGUCGCCGGCGCGAUAACCGGCAGGAGCGCAUCCUGGCCGGCGGCCGUCGGCUCAGCUACAAGUAUGAAGACGAGGAGCCCGAUUCGGCGCGUGCUGCGCGUGUGGAACGAGAGCGAGAGGCUAGUCGAUGGGCAUGA